UCGUUGGCGCAGCCGUUGGCGCAGCCGGUGGAGCCGUUGCUUGGGAACAGCGGUCGGAUGCAAACAGAAGCAGGGCCUGGUGUGCCGCUCCCUGGAAGGAGGGUGAGGAUGGAUGGUUCACAUGAAAUUACACUGGACGACCCAAGCAGGAGAAGAGAUGGAGUAAGCAGCGAGCCCAAGGAGACAUCCCAGGACAGACAGACAGCUCGGGAGAUGGCCGUGCUGCCUGAGCAGGACCCCCUCGCUGCUGCCAAGGAGAAGAAAGGAGCACCAGAGGGUGCUGGAGCAGAUCCACUGUUGGGUGUCCCGUGGUCUCCUUCAGGGAUGGGGAUCCCAGACACCCUGCCCAGCACCUGGGCUGCGAGGCAAGACACGACCGCCUUGAGGACUGCCCUGGGAGAAGACACUGCUGGGACAACACUUUUGGAGGGUGCUGGACCCCCUGGACCAUACCCAGCACUGCCUGAGCCCAAGGGGACCAUUUCCAACCCUCGUUCAGGCUGCAGGGAGCAGGAAACACAAGAGAGGAGCGGGGAGGACGAUGGGUGCAAUGGCUCUGCCAGCUUGGUGUGGGCAGCCACGCCAGGGAUGCUCUUCCAGGAGGACAAGCAGACCAAACUUCACCCCCUCAGCCUGUCCUGGGUGUUGGGCUACAACAGCAGCCUGGCUGUGCACAGCCUGAUGGACGGGGAGGACCGGGUGCUCCUGUAUGUCUCCUCCCACACGGUGGUCAUCCACGAUGUCCUGGGGAACAGGCAGUCCCACCUGCAGGGCCACAUUAAUGUCAUUUCUUGCCUGUGCGUGAGUGAAGACAGACGCUGGGUGGCAACCGCCGAUCGAGGGCCAGAUGCUCUGAUCAUUGUGUGGGACUCCUUCUCCGGGAUACCGGUGCGCACCAUCUUUGAGAGCCAUCCAGAGGAUGGGGUCAGUGCUAUUGCUAUUUCCCAGGAUGCAAAGUAUUUGGCAACCAUUAGUGCUGGUACAGUGCAGAGAGUUUGUGUUUGGAAGUGGACUUCACCCACAGAGAAACCCAUGUGCAGCACGGAGCUGAGGCCUGAGUUUGGCCAUCAGGAUUAUGUAAUUUUUAACCCCCAAAAUCCCUGUGAGUUUGUUAGCAACAGCAAAACCCAGGUGAUAUUUUACCUGUGGGACGAUGCCGGUUUGCAGUACGGAGCGCCGCUCCUGAGCAGCCAGAGAUGCCCUGCUGCAUCUUUUCCUGGGGCUUUUGCCUCUGAUGACCCUGCCAGGGACAGGGAGGGAACAUCACAUGAGGGACCAAGCAGAAAUGUCCCUGCUUGAGGAGAUGAAUGCACGGCCUCGCUGCUCUCUCUGCAGACCUUCAACAGUGUGGUGGGACACUUCAGCCAGUCAGUUUUUCAUUUUAACAACUCCCAAGCUCUGACGGGCACCUCUGCUGGGAAGCUGGUGGUGUGGGAUGUGGUCGGUCCCUGCACCCCCUCCAAGGAACUGCAAGCCAAGCCGCACAGCAUGAAGGCCACCAAACUGGUGCCUAUGCAGAAGGACAGCCUUACUGUGCUCAAGGUGUUUGAGAGCUGCAUAGUAACAGGUGAUGUGAAAGGCCAGGUUAAAUUCUAUGACGGGCAGCUGCAGCUCCUCACCUGCUACAGCCACAGCAAAGUGGGUCCCAUUCGGUCCAUCUCUUUCUCCAAAACCCCUCCUGAUCCUCCCAGUGCCUCCCCAGCCUGCUCCACCUCCUGCAUUCCCAGCAGCCAGCCCUCCGUCAUCAGGAACUUUAUCCUUUCAACCUCCGAUGCAACUGUGCUCCAUGUUGCAACAGACAGGACAAACUUUGAAAAAGUCAUGGAAGAGGCGAAGAAAGCUGUGAAUGCUGUUGCCUGUCACCCCCGGCAGGCCCUUGUUGCCGUGGGGAGUGACUGUGGACUGCUGAAGGUGUGGGACUACCAGCAGACCAAGCACCUCGUUAGCAGGAUAUUCACUGAGUCUGGCAUCCAGUGCUUGUCCUAUGACCCUAAAGGUUAUUUUCUGGCUGCUGGUUUUACUGAUGGAAGCGUUUGCAUCCUCGAUGCCAUUUCCCUUCAGUCUAGCUGCAGAGAGUUCAAGUUCUCACGUGGUCCCAUAACUCAUAUUAGCUUCUCUCAUGAUUCAGAGUACUUCGCAACUGCUGAUGAGAAAUACUCAGUGACUGUUUACAAGAGUGUCCUGCAAAAUGGGAGCAGAUGCUGGGAACACCUAGCGGGGCUGCACUCCCACUACAAACCCAUCCGGAGCAUUCUCUUUGGGGUCCAGUUAGACAGCAACGAGCCCAGGCUCCUGAGCCUUGGAGAGGACCGGCAGCUGGUUGAAUAUGACCUGAACAGCAGCAGCAAGGACCACUUGGUGGUCUUGCACAGGGACCGCAUAGAGCAGAUGGCCGUGCCCCUGUGCUUGGCCUGGUACCCACAGCUCAGCACUGAGUCCUUUAUCCUCACUGCCAACAACUGCUACAAAAUGAAGCUCUACAACACGACGACCAAAAUGUGCAGAAAGACCCUUUUGGGACCAACCUAUGGCUCCGCAUUGGAGAAGAUACAAAUCCUCCCACCAACAAACUCUACGGACCCCCAGAAACGCUAUCUGGCAUACAUUACAAAGGACAAGGUGGGCUUGCAGAUUUUGCCUGUCGAUGGCAACCCCCACAAAUCCUCAGCUUUCAUUUGCCACCCGGAUGGUGUCUCUGACCUUGCUAGCUCCUAUGAUGGAUGCUACAUCUUUACAGUGGGGGGGAAUGACCGCACUCUUAUGAAAUGGAAGGUCAACCUAAAUGCCUUGGAUGCUGCUGCUUCCCUAGGUGGGGAGGACUUGAUCCCAUUCUACAACCUACUGGAUGGUGGCAGAGAAGGCGAAUUCUUCAGGGAACUGGAAGACUAUUUUUACUAUGCACAGCUGCGCAGCCAUGGUAUCGAUACACUGGAGACCAGACAGGUGUCAACGCAUAUUCCCUUGGAGGAAAUUCCUUCUGUAAUGAGAGCAAUGGGAUUUUAUCCAUCAGAGGAAAAGAUUGAAGAAAUGAUAAAUGAAGUAAAAUUCAGCAAGUAUGCGGAUACUGGAGAACAAGUGACAAAAAUCAAUUUAGGGGAUUUUAUCAAACUUUAUAUAAAUCAUCGACCUGCGUUUGGCUUGUCAAUGAAAAAAAUACAACAAGCAUUUCACGUUCUUGGUUAUGAUAAUGAGAAUGGAGACAAAGUUAUUGACAGAGGAGACUUACUGUUGCUGCUUCAGUGCAGAGGAGAGCAUAUGACAGAGGACGAGCUGGUGCAGUGUCUGACCACCCUGCUGGGCAGGCGUCCUGCAGGAGGAGGAUCUGAACCGGACACCUAUGAUCCCUCAGGUGCAGCAGCUUUGACUGAAGAAGAAAUUCCAGCAGAAAUCACAGCGGAGAUAUUCGCUACUGACAUUCUUGGCUUACCUAUUGCUGAACCAGAAAAAAAGAACAGAAAAAAAAGAGAUGAAUCUUUGAUCUACGAAGACUCAGAAUCAUAGCUGCCACAAAGUUUUCUACUCGUUCCUACUUUCCAGUCUCCUCUCCUCAAAUAUCUGCAAAAUUUCUAUUUUGUGUUUAUUACAAAGUAAAGGUCACAUAGUUUCAUAUUAAUCAAACUCUAGAAUAAGCCCCCAGUUUAGCACAUGCCACAAACCUACGAGAUCAAACCUAUGUAGGGCAACACUGGGGUGGCUGUAAAGAACGAAGCAGUAGUUGCCGCACUGUCUUCUUGCAUUGGCCACCCUGUCCUUGGCUGGAAGCUUCCUAGAAUUCGUUUCAGGUGGGCUUAUGCCAGAUGCAGUCUAUUUUCAUUACAUUAAGACAGUAUUUAUUUGUGAAACUUGACAGCAAAAGAGCAAUCGAAAAGUAUUGUAUUGAUUAAAUACACUGAUAAAUGUAGUGUACAAAGUGCUUGGAUAGGUUAGAAUGGAUUUGCAAUUAUAAAUCCAACAGACGUCAGUAAAAAAAGGAAUGCUGUGAUAUACAUUAAAACCAGAUUUCCAUUUUGGCCUUUAAAACUUACUUUUUCUUUCUGAAAGUAGUAGUUCCAAUUAGUAGUGUAAUACCAAUGGGACAGCAUCUUACUGUGUUUGUAUAAACAGCAUAAUGAGGCUGAUAUAAGUUGCUGUAGAAAGAUCAGUCAAGUGCUGUUGAACAGGCUUCCUUCUUUACAUCAUCCUCAGCAUCAAUUUGAAUAAUAAUGUAGGCCCUCAAGAAGCGUUCCUUUCAGUGGCAAUGUUUUUUAAACAGAGAUCGCUGUUAUGUACUCUGAAAGUGUCUGUGAUUGUACAAUUAGUACAAACGGCAAGGUGUACACUAGGUGCAAGUUAAUGAAGGAGUCCAGUGGCACCAUGACCAGA